AUGGAGUCACUAGUACUUGCUGGGAAUGCAUUUUCUGGACCAAUUUCUUCCAUCUGUGAUCUGCUGAAUGUAAAUAAUGCCCUGCUUCCUCUUCACUUGUCUGAAAAUGCUCUAUCAGGAUCGCUUCCAAAUUGCUGGACAUAUGGGCAAAAUAUGGUUUUUCUGGAUGUGGGAUUGAACAUGUCGUCUGGCCAAAUCCUCGACUCAAUAGGACAUUUAGUUCACCUCAAGGUUUUGACAUUGGCCGAUAAUAACUUUCAUGGAAGAAUUCCAGGGUGCAUCAACAAUUUCCUGGUAAUUGCAGAGAAGGAGGCAGAUCGUUCUUCCCGUUAUUAUGAUUACGCUUCAUAUACAAAAGAUGAAUUGCCGAAGCUGAUGUGGUUAGACUCACAAAGGCGUGAUGAACUAUUUAAUCGGUAUGAACAGCCAUUUCGGAUGGUGGAUCUUUCAUCUAAUUAUUUAUUUGGAGAGAUCCCAGGAAGAGUGGCUGAGCUAGGUGGAUUGGUAUAUUUGAAUCUAUCAAACAAUCAAUUGACAGGAACUAUUCCUAGUGAUAUUGGUGCCAUUAGAUCAUUAGAAGCUUUGAAUUUAUCAAAGAAUCAGCUUUCGCAUGCCAUCCCAACUAGCAUGUCCAACUUAUCCUUUCUUGCAUAUCUAAAUUUGUCUUAUAACAAGUUAUCAGGAAAAAUUCCUUCGCGGAAUCAAUUCUUAACAUUUGAUGCUGCAACACAUCUGGGUAAUCAUGACCUCUGCGGACCACUUCUUGCAAACACUUGCUGGGAAGAUAAAUCAUAUGAAAAUAAAAACUGUAGAGACAAGAAGUUAGGAGGCAAUAAAAAGAUCAUUGAAGAAGUUGAAAGGCAUGGAUUUGAAAUACCACCAUUCUAUAUCAGCAUGGGAAUUGGCUUCCUUGCAGGGUUUUGGGGAUUUUGGGGACCUUUACUAUUGAAUACAUCUUGGAGGCAUGCCUAUUUCCGUUUGUGGGUGGCAUGA